AUCUGAUGUCCUUUAAAGGUGCAGGAAGGGAUUUGUCAAGGCGAUUAGUCCAAGUGUUCGACUGAGCGCGUCGUUAUCUUUACAGAUGUGUGAAGCUUAAGCUGUGCUUCACGUAGCAGCGCAGUGAAAUGGAAAACAUUUUUGAUCCUCUGCAGACACUGAUUCUGUCGUUUGCACCUCUAGAUCUUAUUAUGCAACCGCAGUAACAGGAGACGGGGGACUGAAGGGGCACUUGAAGGGGUCUCCACCACAUGUCUGAAGUCCACUUUUACAGUGGAGCUUUAAAGACCCAAAGGGGCACUUUAGUUUACAGACAGCAGUCGAUACACCAAUAAAUAUAAUAGGUUGUUUAACAAAUGUCUAAUAUACAUCUGGGAUUAGAAGUGCAUCCACUUAAAUGCAUUUAAUAAGUCUCUUAGACCUAUUCAGUGUUACAUUAUACUCCAUUAGUAAAUUUCACUGCAAAGUAUGCCACUGUUAUACUCCUGGAUGAUAUUCAUAGAAGCCAGCUAGAAAAAGAAGUGAACACAGAUACAAAAUUCAGUAAAUUAUUAAUUGGAGUCGUCUUUUUUCCCCUUUGAGUAUUAAUUUGUAAAAUGUUGAGUAAUUUGUACCUAAAAGCGUAAACUUGACUUACUGUAACUAUUUUUUACUUUCACUUGGAGGUACACAUGUCCAGAAAGAAACACACCGAAUGAAAAUAAAGUAAGUAUAUUUUAAGGAGGAUCUCACUUUAAAUAUAGUGUAUACACACGUAAUUUAAAGCGCCAUUAUCGUUUUGUGUUUUCAGUGCACCUCAACUGCUUGUAGCUGCUGAAUCACAGCCUUUAAAUGAAGGAUUUAUACAAAUGUUGGCCCACAGAGAGCAAACCGGACACCGUUAUCCCUCUGAACCUCAGUCAGUUUCUGGGUGUUUAUUUGCUCCUGUCGCAUUUUUGUUCGCUGUUUUUUUUUUUUCCCCCCACUGCAGCAUGAAGUCCUACGCCUCAGUGGAAGUUACACAACGGUGACUGAGAGUAGAGAGAAAUAUAAAAUGUCUUAAGUGCAGUGUAACAAAGUAAUAUCGCCAGAAAAAAAGGUUGAAUUUCUUUGUAAUUUUUUUUUCUGUUUUACAAAAAAAUGGAAAAAUCUUUUCACAUCCACUCAUUUACACUUAGGAAAGGAAGUGAAAUUAUUGCAGUAAGUGAAUUAUUUUUGUGAUAUUUUUGAGUAUAUGUGAUAUAUGUGUUUGUUUGAUGUUUUGGACAAAAAAGUGCAUUUUUAAGUUUGUGCUUAAAAUGUAAUUUUUAUCUCACUUUAGCAAUUUCUAUUUUUAAUUGGAAGUGCCUAUAUAUAUUUAGAAAAAUUGUUUUCUUAAAUGAAAAUAUUGUGAAUAUUAUAUUUGAACUGCCAGCAAGAUGUCAUUCUAAAGAAAGUGCAUAGAAAGGUGAUUUUAAAAUCCAAUAUUAUUUUAUGUUUUCGUGUAUUUUUACAAGCUGUUAACCUGGACAGCCUGGAAAAAAAUAUAACUAGGCUUUGGAGAAAAGGUCAGACUGAUCUUUUUACACUGGAAUUUGACCUAUAUAUUUGUUUUUUCAAGAUGAUUAUGUCAUUCUCCUUAAUAGGAAUUUUUUAGUUCAUAUUCAAAUUCACUGACAAUAAAAUUAAAAGUGCUGCAAUAAAUCAACAGGAUAAAGUGCUCUGCGACACUUUAUUUUGAAAUCCGCCGUUUGUGAGCGCUGCGCGUAUUAGCUUUAGCGUCGUCAAAGCUCAGGACGGAUCACCGGCGGGUAUCGGGUCCGGUAACGACAGUAAUGACUUAAAGCUGUUUUAGUUACUGUUAGUUUGCUAUUGCAUUUGCUUGAUAAAUGUAAAGAGAAAAUGAGAUGAAACGGCCAGUGUCCGUCCUAAAGGUCGUGUCUUCCGCUGUGUCACCGAAUUCACCUUCCGAGCUGCCGGAGGGAUUUAACGGACUUCACGGCCGCAUAAAGGUGCUAUAUCUGUAGCCGAUAUGCGGAGGACACCCGAAGAAGAACCGUAACGAGAAUAUUUUUUUUUAAGUAAGCUUAAAUUUUCACCUUUUAUUCCUAUUUCAGAACUAUUUUAUAGCUAGCGAUUUUUCUUUUGUCGUCUUAAUUUGAAGGGACGUUUAAAAGCCUUAUGCGCACCGAAUAAAAAUAUCAGUAGUUCGACUUAAACCUUAACUCAUCUUAAGAUGUUCACUUUUAUUCACUUCAUACGGUUGUCUGAGUUGUGAGGCUGCGCUUUGUUUUACUAAACUGGUUAAUUUUAAUGUGUGAAGAGGUAAAUAUUUUUUAAAAAUACGCUGAAAAGUGGGAUUCUCAGUCACCCAAGUCUUAGUGUUCUGCAUUUCUUCUUAUUUUUGGUUCUUGAGGACUUUAAAACCAAAAAGAAAAGUUCAGUUGCACAUUCUCAGACUAAUAACGUGCUCAUUCCUGCACACUGUAAAUAUUUCUGUUACUUUACUUACUUAAAAUUACUUUGAUGUGCUGCACUUGCUGUUUAUUUGACUAGUAACUUGUAACUUUCUCUUUAAAUCUAUAUAUCCUUCUCUCAGUGUUAUCCUUUUGCCAGCAUUUACUGUAAUACCCCUAACCUAGUUGGCAAUAAACCUACUUCAGCCCACAAAAGGUAAAUACCAGGCUGGUGGACGGCUUUGAUCGGUCUCUAUGGAACUGGAAAGUUUAGAGUUCAUUUUUUCACCCUUUAAUUCAACAGGAUUUUCCAGAACUGGUGUGUACACUGUUUGACAGCUCUCACAGCUGCAAGACUCUGUUCAUCCUGAGUGUUCAUUUCCAUAAGCCCUGCCUCCACUGGAAGUUUCUAAGUUUGUAGCAUAACAACCUUUCAGCAAAGACAGGAGAGCAGAGCCUGCCGAGGAGCCGAGGAGGAUGGAGUCCAGGAGACCUCCUGAUGGGGGGUAUGGCUGGGUGGUGGUCGCGUCGGCCUUUUUCACCAUGGGCCUGACUGCCGCCGUCCUCAAAAACUUUGGCCUCUUCUUCCUGGACAUCCAGAAUCAUUUCGGGGUCCCGCUGAGCACCACCUCCUGGGUCACUUCCACAACGAUUGCCAUGUUUCACCUCGGAGGUCCGGUGGCCAGUGCGCUGACCUUACAGUCUUCUCAGAGGGUUGUUAUUAUGGUCGGAGGGCUGCUGACUACUUCGGGCAUGGUGCUGGCGUCUCUGGACCUCAGUCUGCCCUGGCUCUACCUCAGCAUGGGGGUCCUGCAAGGUCUUGGCAUUUCCUUCUCAUGGAUCCCCGCCAACAGCAUGGUGAGCCACUACUUCGUACGAUGGCGUCCCAUCGCCUACGCCAUCGCCAGCUCAGGGGAAUGUGUCUUCGCCGUCAUGUUCAGUCCCUUCUUCCAGUGGCUCAUCGAAGCGUACACGUGGCAGGGUGCCUUACUCAUCAUCGGCGGCCUUCAGCUCAACCUGUGUGUCUGUGGUGCGCUCAUGAGGCCCCUGGAGACGCGCCAGAGCCCAGCGCAGGAAACCAAAGACUAUUUGGAAGUAGACGAUCCCGCGCUCCCACCAAAGAGGAAGACGAUCUUCCAGUGUGCCCUCCUGACAAUACCUGAACUUUUGCUCUACAUUCUGUUCGCCAUCUUCGCAGCUGCAGGAUUUUUCAUCCCGCCUCUCUUCCUGGUGCCCUUCGCCAACAGUUUGGGGAUGGACAAGUACUGGCCGGCCUCCAUCCUGUCUGUUCUGGCGUUAGCUGACCUGGUAGGGAGGCUGGUCUGCGGCUGGAUUGCCAACGUGAGGCUGCUGAGGAACCUGCAGCUGCUCACCAUGGUGACCACUCUGCUUGGGGUGGUUCUGCUGCUGCUGCCCAUCAGCCACAACUACUGGGUCAUCCUGGUGUUCGCCUCCCUCUACGGCUUCCUGUUCGGCUGCGUGGUGGCCAUUCACGUCACCUCCAUCGUGGACAUCGUGGGCCUGGAGGGGUUCGACAGCGGGCUGGGGUUGUUCAUGAUGUUCAGGAGCAUCGGGGGUUUCAUUGGUCCUCCUGCCGCAGGCUGGCUGGUGGACCAGACUAAAGACUACAGCACUGCCUUCUACCUCUCCGGCCUCUGCCUCAUUACAUCAGCGGUAUUUGUCAUGGUGGUCGACAGCCUGCUGCAGAAGAGAAAAGCUGUGGAGGCUGAAGUUCAUCAGGCGAUUAACAAACCGGAGGACUGGGAACCAGGAAAAGUCAAGUGAGACACUGUUACAUAAGGCCGUUGAGGGCAAAUGGAAUCUGUACAGUUACUUCAAUUUGCACUUAGACAUUUUAUUUGGUCACAGCUUUUGAAAUCAUAAUUAGACAGUAAAACACACCAUGAAUGUGUUGUCUGGUGGGUUGAAAGCUGGUGACACUGUGCAGGAUGCACAGUUUCUUUUUGCCUUGGAGGACCGCACAUCAGAUCAAUUAAACUCCUCAAACCUGACGAGCUUUUAAGUAUAAAAUUGCAGCUAUGUGAAGACACAUCUGCAGCAGCACUGAUAGUCACACUGGUCCCCAGAGUUUAAAGAAUAAAGCUGACAGUAUUCUACAACAACAAAUCAUAUGUAAAGAUCUAAAGCAGUAAAAUUAGCUCCUUCUCAAGUUGUAAAUCUUGAAACAGGUCACAAAUUAACAGCUGCAUUCUUAAAAAUGUUCAGUAUUUUCCUGAAAAAACUAGUGCAUUGUCGUUUUUUUUUGCAAGCUUUACACAAGAAGACAUAAAGCGUAUGUUUGUUGGGCUAUUUUAAACUGCAGAAUGGAUGUAGUUGAGUAUUUACUACAGCAGGAUGAUGUACGUGCAGAUUUCCCAGCUGUGGGAUCAUUAAAGGCUCAUCUUAUUUUGCAAUAUUUAGGAAUAAACUCACACUAUAGUGCAAUAGAGUGACUCACUGUGUUUUAAAGCCUCACAGAAAUAAGCCAUAUCAGACCUUAGGAUUGUUGGCUUUGGUAUUUUUUAUGGGAUACAUAUAUAUUGAAUUUUACUUCUUUUUUGCAACAGUAUCACUGCAAUAUACCAACAGGUUAAUUGGUCAUUUUUAAAAAGCUGUCAGCUGAACAUUGAGUCUGUUACUUUAAAGCUUUAAACCUCCUGCAGCAUGUAGGUCAGGCUGUUCAGGUUUCUCUGAUUACUGGAGCGUUGACUUUCUGUGAACUCUCAAGCCAUGGCGUAGGUCUAAUAAAUAUUUAUCUUGGGCACUGAAACCAGUUGUUCCUUUGCAACAGACUUUUUAAAGAUCAAGUCUUGGAAAGGAAACAAGGUUUGUUCUUCUUGAAACACUUUAAAUUAGUUAGUUUUUUUAAAUGAGCCUACAAAGGCAACUUGACAUUUAUGUAACUUUUUGUAGUUUAUUUUACCUGACAACAGACAUUCAAAGCUGGUCAUAGCUUCAGGUUACACAAUUUUCUGUCUGAAUUUAAAGUUGUCUCAUUAUAUAAAAUGUUUUUCAUGUCAACACUUCUAGCAGAUAAAAAUAUACAGUUUUAUGAAAUAAAUCUCUGCACUGAUAGUUUUAAAUGUUCAGGUUACAGAUUUUUAUUUAAAUAUAAAGUUCAGUCUGUGUUUUAAAAUUAUGUCUGUCAUAUGAACAGUUCAUAUAGCAUUGAACAAUGCAUUGUUUUAAGAAAUAAAUCCCCGCACUGUUGGUGUUUAAUGUUUUACUUGGUUUGUAACUUAUAUUGUUGCUCAGCUCUGCCUUCAGCUUUCCCAAAGCUCAAGCUAAAUCCCAAACAGCUUGUUUAAACUCUCAGGGGAGCUGCCACAGCUACACAACAUGAAACUGAACCCAGGAUGAGGACGUUAGCAGUGUGUUUUGAGAAUCUGUGGUAUGUGCUGUACAAAUGGCGAGCAUGUUAAAAGUACUGUUAUGUAACUAAAUUCUCAAACUGGCUUCAGCUGCUUUCACUCGGCUUAAAACUUUGUGCGUGAGAGGAAACAAUUAGUCAAUCAAAAGGAAAUUAAUCUGCAGCGAAACGAUUAUUCAUUUGCCCUGAUUGGAACUGAAAAGCAGUGAACACGCUGGUUCUUGCUUCUCGUGUGUGAAACUUUUGUCGGUUUUCUUGAAUGUCCUUUGGUUUUGAAUUGUUGCUCAGAUUUUCAAUAUGUCACAAAUUGCCUUGGAAAUGAGCUUUUUUUUAAAUAUUUCACUGACCAAAUUUGUACUUGAUAAUAAAAUGAGUGAUUUCAGUC